CCACUUCCGAAAUUCGAUGUUAUGUGAAAAUGCAGAUUUGGGCCACGUGCGAAUGACCUAGAGAUGCAAUAUACAUCCAUUUCUCGAGAUGAAUAUCGUGGCAGAUUGGUCGAUUCAAAAUGAGCCCUAGGCGAUGAAUUCUCCAACAUGAAGUUGACCGCAGGGUUUAGGGGACCAUUAUUGGUAGCUUGGUGGCUAAGAUAGCUAAGAAUAGUUGCAGGGCCUAGAGAAUAUAAUGAGACGUCCUGUGGGAUAGUAUUAACUGCAACAGGGAAGCAAAACGUGAUCAGGAGAGCCUCGCGUGUGUAUGGAUUUGUGUGAAUAAUAAUAAUUUGCUUUAUUCCAAAACAGGACUUGUGAUACAAAAUGGAAUUCUCAGCAUUUUUACUACAGUAUUGCAUCCAGUUAGUGCAUUAACAGUAAAUAAAAUUCCACAUAGAUUAAGGAAAUCUCAGUUCAUUAUGACAACAACGCAUUGGCAUGUCGGUAGCAAAGCCAAAAUUGAACAGUGUUUGAAGGUGUUGGAAAAGCAGGAGCUGUCAUAUUUACUGGCGUAAGCGAGAGAAAGAAACAAAGCAUCACAUAGCAGAAAAAAGAGAGAGAAAAUGAAAAGAAAGAAAGAAAACGUUGUACCUAUAAAUGAUAUGAGUUGGAAAGACGAGAUCCAUUUGUUCUACUGACUAUUUGAUAAGUUAUAAGUAUCACAUCUAAUGCUUUCUUUGUCGCACAGAACACGAGCUAAGUAGGGUAUGGUUGAGUUUUUGUACUUGCUGGUGCGAGCAUAUAGUUUUCUAUAUAGGCUUCUGGUUUUGCCUGAUGAGAUGCAAGGGGAGAGUUGUGAAUGAAGAGGGUGGUGUGAGUUAGCCCACUUUUCACAUGAGUCCAUGUGCCUGUCGACCAGAAUAUUAACAAGCUGGUUAAGUGGCACGUUGCUUACCCUGCUGACAAUCUUUAACAUCCUGCGUAAUAUGUUAUAUGGUUAAUAAUUUCUGAUUGCUCCCACUGUGGAGGUUGGUUUCUUCUUGGAACAUCUGAAGGAGAAUGAGCAUCAGUGUUAGGGGACGCCAGAAUUCAGGGAAUAAAUGUGUGAGGCGGAUUUCACAUGGUUUUCAGAGUUUUGUUGGUGUUCAGUUCUCUCUGACGACAAUAUACCCCUUCAAGUUAAGUCAGAGAAGAGAGGCAAUGUAGCUGGUUGAUGACUGUUCGAGGGAAACGCCAUUAUUCUGUCAAAACCUCAACAUAAGAGCUCAUAAUUUCACCGUCAGAUCCGUUAUCCUUGCACCAAUCCCUUUGGAAUCAAGCUAAUUUAAGUUAGGUGGGUGGUGGGAAAUGUUCAUUGAAGCUUACUAAAGAACAGCGGUUUCCAACUCAAACCUUGAAGUCAGCCUAAAGAGAUAAUGUGGCUUGCAGUAGAUGGUGUACAGGUUGUCAUUAUUCAGUUUCGGUUGUGGCUUCUUGCACUUCCGCCAAACUUUGAAAUGGAGGAUUUGCGUAGACAACGCAUUUUGGAGAAUCUAGAACUGCUGGAAAAAUUCACCAAAAUAUCACCUGCAGAUGCUGAGAAGGUGAAAGAAAUGUAUGGUAUCAAGAAGCCGAAGGUGUCUGCCUCAUGCACACGUACAAAGUCAACGGAAAGAAAGUUGACGAAGCGAAAACCAACAAAGCCUGUAGUCCCACCACACAGCUCAAAGCCAAAAAGAAGAAGAAGGUCAGCACUAUCUUCAGAUAGUGGUAGUGACUGCCUAAGCAGUGGUGAUGAGUGGGCACCUGAGUUACGAAGUGGAUGUAGCGGGACAACUGGGGAGAUCUCAGGUGAAACAGAAGCCCACUCCGGAACUCCUAGAUUGAUGGAGCUUACCAAUUCUGAAGGCAGUCGUUAUCCGAAGAGAAACAAAGAACGGCCAAACUACGCUGCAGAUAUAAAGAUCCCCGAAGAUGAUAGGUACCUGUAUUGCUACACAUGCAAACGCUCAGUGAUGGAUGGUUGUCUUAAGCAUCCUGUCCGAUGGAUUGAAAACUUACCUUUGGUUGUGUGCAAAGAAGCAGAGGAUAAGUUUGCUUUCCACCAGAAAACCAAGUGUGUAUGCGGACAGUCGUAUUAUGAGCACACGGCGAAAACUGCACCUGGAGAAUGGAUCAAGAUAUUAAGAUCCCGAAUUCCUCGUGCAGGCCUUGGCGCUUUUGCCAAUGCAAAGAUAGAUUGCGGUACAAUCUUCGGUCCAUAUGGUGGACAAGUUGCUUAUGUGGAUGAAAUGAGUAGUGAUGAGCAACUCAAAAGAUCCAGAGGAGGAUAUGCGUGGCUCGUAAGAGCAAAUGUAGAUGGUGUCAGGCCACACUUGAUUGACGCUCGAAAUUGUUUGAAUUCUAACUGGUUAAGAUUCGUUAAUUGCGCCAGAUUCGAUGAGGAGCGAAACCUCGUGACAGUUCAAUAUAGGGGGAAGAUAUACUACAGAGCAUGCAAAGAUAUUCCGAAAUUUCAGGAGCUUCUGACGUACUACGGAAAGGAGGUAAGCUUUCAUCUCUCAAUUUCUAAGCACUAUUAGAAUAAAAUUUAUUUUUAAAAUAGAAUAUCCUGUUGCCAUGUGACUUGAGAUUUGUAGGUGGAUUCUUUUAAAAAGCCGCAGACGAGUGAGAAGUG